UAAUUAAUAAACAAAAAAGAGUGGUCUAUGAACAAGAAAAUGUUGAUGGUUCUCAUUUUUGCAUAAAUUAAUAACUUCUUAUAUUACUCAUAUUGAGUAAACAGUGACCUCGAAGCAACUCAAGUUUCAACAAAAAGUAUUCCACGUUUGCCAUCGUAUCAAAACGGGUUCAAAAUGAUGUUAAGAAGAUGUCACCUCCGGCGAUUUACCUCGAGCACAAUAGUCUUCACAUUACUUGCAUCUUUAGCGUUUACAUACUACAUGUACUACCAACACAAUUCAAUUAUUGAAGGUGGAUGGAAGAUGCCCACUUCAAACGAGACACAUACGCCAAACCCUCAAUUUUUGUUUAAAAAUCGCGUAGAGGAUUGUUGUAAGGAAGAAUUGAAGGAAAGCGCAACCCAAGAAAACACAGAUCCUUUAAAAAUGCUGGGAGUACUACGAGAUAAAAAGGACAAAUACAUACGUGACAUUGGCUUUAAAAAUCAUGCAUUCAACGCACUUAUUUCAAAUAAUAUUGGACCCUAUCGUGAGGUACCUGACACACGGCAUAAGGUUUGCUCUCGCGAACCCACCGAUCCGAAAGAAAAUUUGCCAACAAUUUCAGUUAUUAUGUGCUUUUAUAAUGAACACAAAAUGACGCUAAUACGUUCUAUAAAUUCCGUAAUUAAACGCACGCCUAAGCAUGUCCUAAAAGAAAUUAUUCUUGUAGACGAUUAUAGCGAUCUGCCCGAAUUGGAAUUUCAUUUGUUAAGUGAUUUGCACGCGCAACUCCAUUAUGACCGACUGCAUUAUAUACGUAAUGAGAAACGUGAGGGACUUAUAAGAUCUCGCGUCGCAGGCGCUCAUGCUGCAGAAGGGGAUGUACUCGUCUUCCUAGACUCACAUAUUGAAGUUAAUCAACAGUGGGCAGAACCACUUGUGCGUGCUGUGAAGCAAGAAAAUUCAACUAUCGCUGUGCCAGUUAUGGAUCUUAUUAGUCCUGAUACUUUUGAAUAUACUUCCAGUCCGUUAGUGCGUGGAGGUUUCAACUGGGGAUUACAUUAUAAAUGGAUAACUCUGCCGAAAGGUACUUUAAAGAAAGAUGAAGAUUUUAAAGGCCCAAUCAAAACACCAACAAUGGCCGGUGGUUUAUUUGCAAUUAAUCGGCAAUAUUUCAAACACAUCGGCGAAUAUGAUGAGGGAAUGGAUAUCUGGGGUGGUGAGAAUAUCGAAAUUUCCUUCCGUGUCUGGCAAUGCCAUGGUGCCAUUAAGAUAUAUCCAUGCUCACGCAUAGGACAUAUCUUUCGCAAACGACGUCCUUAUUCGGCGCCUGAUGGCAAAGACACAAUGAAACGUAACUCAUUGCGUGCAGCCCACGUAUGGAUGGAUGAAUUUAAGGAGUACUUCCUGAAAGAGACAAAUUCUGCGCGUGAUAUGGAUUAUGGUGACAUAUCAGCACGUGUGGAGUUACGGAACCGGUUGAAAUGCCACGACUUCUCCUGGUACAUGAAAAACGUUUACCCUGAAUUGCAGUUACCAGGACAGGAAACUAAAAAAUCAGCAUCUGCAAGUGUUUACCAGCCAUGGCACUCUAGAAAACGCAAUUAUAUCGCUACUUAUAUGAUACGUUUAAGCGGCACUAACUUAUGUGCCUCGGUGGUGGCACCCAAAGUAAAAGGUUUCCUCAAGAAAGGCAGUCCACUAAUCUUACAAGCAUGCAUGCAUACACGCAAUCAAAUUUGGUUCGAAACAGAUAAAGCUGAAAUAGUUUUGGAUAAAUUGUUGUGUCUCGAAUCGUAUGGCGAUGCUCAAGUGCAUAUUAAUAAAUGUCAUGAAAUGCUAGGAGAUCAGCAGUGGCGUCAUACGCGCACCGAACACAGUCCCAUUUACAAUAUGGCGGCGGGCACCUGUAUGCGGGCUAAAAGUGCAAGUAUCGGUGCACGUAUUGGAUUAGAUCUAUGCUCUAAAGAUGACGCCAGUGCAUGGGAUAUUGUUAAAGUGGAAGAGGCAUCGUGAGAUAUGCAUAAAUGGAAAAUAAAUGAAUUGCGACACUGAGAAUGAUGUGCGAAAACACGAACAGAAACAUGUCAGGCGCCAUAAGUUGUGCAAACCGUAAUUAUAGACUGAUAUUACUGCAGCAAUAUAGUUAUUAUACAACCAUAUUUAUAGGAUAAAAAAAAACAUAAAGUCAUUAUAUGAGAACAAAUUUUUGGCAGCUGUAAAAAUAUGAAAAUAUGUUUGCCAGUUAUAAGUUAAAUUAAAUUUGACAAAUUCAAAGCACACAAAAAUUAAUUUAAUGCUUAAAUGAAGGCUAAAAGUGCUCUCUAAAAUCUUUAUUUAUAUGUAUUAACAGGAGUAUGCUAAAUUUUCGUAAUUUUUAAAUAAGUGUAAAGACAUAUUUCAUAUACUCACUUGUAAUCGUUUAACCCCAAUUAAUUAAGCUUAUGCUGGUAUGUAGCUAGACGUUUAGAGUAACGAAUGUAAUUCGCUUCAUUAUACGGACGCUACAUAUUUUUAAUAAUCAUUAUUUUUAUACGUUCAUAAGUGUAGAGUGAAAAUUUAAAAAGACAAACAUAGAAUGUAUUCCUUAAAUAUGUAAACAGAUUAUGUAAGUUUCAAUACAUAUAAAAACGAGUAAUAAUUAAAGAAGUUAUUUUUAUGUGAUUUAAGAAUACCA